AAUGAAUUCAGAAUUCCUAGUCUCAAGAAAGCUGGAAUCAACGAAACUGCGAGGGAGCCAGAAAAGUAGAGAAAUCCGGUUCUGCAAAGGAAAUUUCUCCCAGCUCAGUUCACUUCGGGGAGCCAUUAAAAAAAAUAAUGCUUCAACACAAGAAAAUGGGAUUUCGAGGUCAUUCAGUAAUAAAAAAGAAAUCGGCCUGAAUACAAAUAACUCUCAAGGAUGACAGACUAUUCAGCAUCAUGAAGAGGAGAAUAAGCGAUUACUCAGUGCCACCAAGAAGAGUAUUAAUAAAGAUCUAGAAGAAUUUAUUGAAGACAAGAAUACCGAAAAUUAUGGGCAAACUAGAAGGACACAUUAUAAUUUCCGUCCAAGGCCACUGAAGAGGACAACUAUGCACAGAAUCGUUCAUCCCAAUGUGAGCACCCAAAAGAUCUCCUAUGGGCUUGAUGACCCUAGACUUCCCCCUAGGGAUAAAUAAGAAAGUAAAGAAAGUAAACACCCAAAUUCUACCUCAAUUCCAAGCUACUUCAGCAAACUUUUUACCACACUCAAAGCCCUUCUUGAAAAAGCCGAAGGCGUCUCUCAGUACCUCGCUAUCAAACUUCAAUAAACCGGUGGCAAGGACUAAGAGUAGAACAAAGAAGCAUUCUCAAGAUAAAUUUUGAACGAUAGACCUCAACUUAUCUCCAGUCAGGAGGUUCAACGAACAGAUAUUCGACCAUCAGAAAAUCACUAGAAAUCAAGUCCAAAGUAUCAGGAAGGCCAAAGUCGGAAACAAGCUUAAGCCCAAGCAACGAGAUAUGUCUACCAAAGUGCUCAUUAAUAAAAACAAGCCUAAUGCUCUUUCCACUAGCAACUACACUGUAAAGUUCUACAGAAAGUUAAACGUUGGUACAAGGUUUGACAAGAAAUCUAGCAUAAGUAGAAGGUCUCUGAGCGUCCUAUAACUUCUAAAUUUCAAGCCAGAUUGUGAUUUUCAAUUA